UUACUUGGGGUAUUAAAAGGAAACUCGAAGUCGCGUUUAAACAGGAUGUUUUGAUAUCUUUUCCUAUAUCUUAUUUAUCAUUUAUCAUCAUAUAUCAUUUGUGAAAAAAAUGACCGCGGCCGAUUGUGACGAUAUUGAGUACGAGGGCAUUUGGGGGGAGAGCCAUAUCGCUGUACGAAGUGAGCGGUGCUUCCGUGACCAUUCCCCUGGUGAUACCGUCAUAAGCUUGGGUGACGACGGACAAGUGCAUUAUACUUAUCCUGUUCUUUCGUUUCGAGCAUUAUCGCACAGCGACCUAAGGCUAGACUCGAGUUCUCGGCUGGCGCAGUCGGACAACCACCACGAUAGUGUUGCUGAAACAGAUAAUACAAGUGUUGUAUCUGCAUUAACCUGCGAUACCCUUAUAGCAAUAGGAAAGCAUGUGCAACCAGGCUCGGGAAUCGGGCUAUCCCCGCUCACAAGGUAUCGCCGGGACGUACAGGGACAUGAGAGACUCGCUCUGGGAAUGAAAGCCGAAGACAUCCAGUCCAACUUUGGGUCACAAAGUCCACCACUAUGCCCUGAGACACUGAAUGGUGUAAUGAAAUGUGGCCAAACCUCAACAAUAUCAUCGUUACACCUAGACCUCGCGCAGCGCCAAACUCCAAAUAUAGAUCAAGGUCCAUCAAGAAGCUCCGAUGUGUCUUCGCCCGCCGAGCAACUCCGCUCGCUGUUGGAAAUUAUUGAGACUUCGGGGCGGAAUGACGAAGUAUCCCCAGAGGAGCAAGCCGAGUAUCUGCGUAAAGCCUAAGAUAUGUAUGGUGUUGAAGUACGAAGCUAAGACGACGGGUCCAGUCCGAGAUGAACCCGAGAGAGGCGAGGCCACCCAAGGUCCGCAAGCGAAGUCGGCAGACUAGCAAGGACGGACAGCCAUCGUUGUAAUAAUAAGGUGUGGAAUUCCAUAGACCUUUUUGUUGGUUAAAACGACUAGGAGAUAUAGCAGCAUGCCUAGCUGGUUUCGACGGUAAUAUAAUCCGAUUAAAAGAAGUCAUCAACGCCGGCCAGUGCCAGCACUUCGAGCCACUUCCUUA